UUGAACGAUGCUGUAGAGCAUUUUCAGUUGGUUCUGAACCAGUGUCCGGUCGGCCAUCCAGACCACGCAGCGGCUCUCACCAACCUCGCGUCGGUUCUCCUCAAAGGCUACAUCCAAAAUGAUGUUCAAGACAUUGAAACUACCACUUCCCUCUUCUGCGAUGCCCUUGCAUUGCGUCCGCAGCACCAUCCCAAUCAUCCCUUAUCCCUAUAUAAUUUCACCCAAGCGCUGAAAUGGCGUCACAACAAGAAAGAAACUGCUGGCGACAUUUGCGAAGCCGCCCAACUCUAUCAUGAGCUACUGCCUCUCUGUUACAGGGAUCUGUAA